UCGUUACUUCCACCACUCGGGGCGCUGUUUGCUAUCGUAACCUUCAGUCGCUGCACUUGGGUUACUCUACAGACACUACAGUAGCAUGUCUUCAGAUCCGGACCAAACCUCUGGUAGCCCUUUAGCUACUUAACUUAGCUCCGUGUGGCCGCUAAUGAGAGCAGCCGGCGGGCCUCGGAAUGCCUCGCAGAAAGAAACCCGGCCAGAGCCCGGCCCGAGUCCCCGGCGGGCCGCCAGAGGGGGGGAGCAGACUACCUCAGGGAUUUGACGGUGCAAUGGCGAACAACUUUCCAUCCAGCACCUCGCUCUCUGCCUCCGGCAAGGAGAAUAUCGUCAAAAGCAUGCAGGAGAUGUUCUCACACCUGGACCCCGACGUUAUUUACAUCGUGCUGUCCGAGUGUGAUUUUAAAGUUGAAAAUGCAAUGGACUCUCUCUUGGAGCUGUCUGUGGCUGCGGAAGUUGCAGGCCCUAUGCCUCCUCCUGUCUCUGGCUUUGAGCGCACUGCUGCAGCCCUGCUCAGCCCACAGCACUUUUCUGAACCUAGACCAGAACCAGACUCCUCCAGACCACCACAGCUGUCCUCCUCUCCUCCCUCUGCCAACCUCCUGACAGAAGAGCUGGACCUGCUUGUCGAUCAGGAGCUUCAGACACUAACCACACAGCGAGACGUUAAGGAAAAGUACCAAAGCAGCCAGUAUUUAUCCUCUUUCCCUCCACCACCAAAGCAGAUCCUCCCUGAGCUGCUUCAGUCUAGCCUGCAGCCUGGAUCCAGAGGGCCCUCUACUGGCCUGGUGGAGAAUAUUUCUGAAGCUUCGUCUCCGCUUGACCAGCUCAGCACUUGGGAAGACGAGAUUGCUGUGGAGCAGGAGCGGUCGACGGUGGAUUUCACACAUCUAAUGGCAGAGACACCUGCGGACAAGCCGAAACCUUCUUUGGACCUGGCAGCUUCAGGACGUCCCUCGGCUUUCCAGGUGUAUAAAAAGCAAGACCCACCGCACACUCUUGCAGACAAGGCUGGGGUCAUGCCCUCCAAAGCGAUAGUCGGAGGAGCGAGAUCUAAAAUGAACAUGUCGAAUCAGGAGCCACUUGGCUACAUGGCGUCACCCUGGAACUUGGCGGCACCUGUGUUUUCUCCCCGCGCCCAUGGAAACCAGGGGCCAACAUUCAUUACCCCUGUGGCUCAAACGCCUUCCAACUGGCUCAGCCAACCCAGACAGGCCUCUCCCUGGCUGAGUCAAGGGCCUGUCAGACAGGCACCUCUUAAACCUUCUGCUACUAUUCCUAAGUCCUGGGCACUGCCUGGUCCUCAACAACAUCCUACUCAUUACGGCAGGCUUCGUCUAGAAGGGAAGGUCCUUGUGCUGCUACGUGGAGCUCCGGGAUCUGGCAAGUCAACCUUGGCAAGAGCUUUGGUCGAGCACAACCCAGGUGGAGUUAGACUGUCCACUGACGACUAUUUCACUCGCCAUGGAGAAUAUCAGUUUGACCCCGCUGCUCUGGGGGAAGCCCAUGAGUGGAACCAAAAACGAGCCAUAGAGGCCUUUGAAAGGGGUGCUAACCCCAUCAUUAUUGACAACACCAACAUGCAGGGCUGGGAGAUGAGACCCUAUGUGGUUCAGGCACUGAAACAUGGAUACAAGGUGCUGUUCCGAGAGCCGGACACUUGGUGGAAGACCAAGCCCAGAGAACUACAGAGACGUACUACACAUGACGUGCCAGUGGAAACAAUUCGACGCAUGCUUAAUGGAUAUGAGCGCUUCGUCACAGUCCAGUCGAUCAUGGGUUCACAGAUGCCCGAGUUGAAACAGCGCCUACUUCUGGAGAACAGAAGCUCACAGCUGGUAUCUUCUGAAACACCUUGUCCUGACCUUGUUGGGCAACCUGGAUUGACUGAGGGACGUAAAAAAUCCUGCCCUCAGCUGUUUUCCUCCCUUCCUGACGUGUCAUCUAUUGGUCAUUCUGGUGAGGUAGGAGUUCUGGAAGACGGCACCCACAAAUCUACGGAGUCCCUCAAUUUCCAGCCUACUGGAGGACUCACAGAGAGCCCUGAAAUGUCUGACGGGGUUGAUUCAAUGGAUUUGGGGCAAUUAGAUUCUGAGCUGGACGCCGCGUUGGAGCUAAAUCAUCCAACAGGGGAUCAGAGAAUCCCCGACUGUAUUGUGGAAUCGGUGAUGAAUGAGGAUUAUCGUGGGGAUGAAAUGCCCGUCGCUUUCUUUGAGUCUAUUGGACAAAGAGUGAGGAGAGAAAGACCAAGCAGGAGGUCUGGUUUUGACAGGGCAGAGCCUGCAGAUCUGGUGAAAGAUACUAAACAAUCAGACAGCGAUGCCAAGGAGAAAGAAAAGAUGAAGGAAGAGGAGGAAAAAGGGGUGGAGAUUGCGAGGGAUGGGGGAGAGAAGGGAAUGCUUAAGAUGUUAGAUUUUGUAGGAGACUGGCCUUCUGAAGGGACUCUCGAGCAGCGCCAGGUGAGGAGAAGAGAAAGGCAUAAAGAAGGAAAUGGCGAAGAAGAUAAAGGCGUGUCCCAAGAAGCUAACGAAAAUAAAACUAAAGUGCAGUCGGGACCCAAUGUAACAGAGUUUCAGAAGCUUCUUGAUCUUAUCCAGACAGGUCAAACUGCCACUCUGACCAGCUCUUCCCAUUCAUCCUCCUUUUCCCCGAGCUCCGGAGAGGAAUUGGAGAAAGGAGAAGAUGCAGGUGGCAGGUUUGAGGAAUCCCAUAGCAGUAGAUCUGACAGUGAGGAGAGAGAACAAAACAUGAACAGGGUCAACAGCAGCAGAGGUGAAUUACCUGACUGUGUGUUAGACGGGAAGGCAGCUAACUCGUGUAAGGCCAGGGAAUCGAGAAUUGAUCAGUGGGAGGCCCUUAAAACUGAAAAUGAGGCGAGAAGUACCACAAGAGGGAAUGAUGACGUGUUAGAGAUUGCCAGAGAAAAGAGGACUGUGGAUUUGAAAUCAACUAGCCCAACAAAUCCCCUCCCAGCUCCUACUGCUGAUUCACUAGUUGUAUCCAAUACCGUGGAGGCAAAUGUAUGCCAUGAUGGACUGGGAGGCCACAGUAUGGAUGAUAAGGUUGGUACAGAGCCUGGUACUGGUCCUACUGAUGUGGACAUAAAUAACUGCAGAGAGACUAGAGUUGAGGCUGAUGACAGUCAAACUAGUGAAGUGUGUCAGAGUCCUGUCUGUGAGGGCUCUGUGGAAGCAGAAAGUGGAGCUUUCAGUGGAGGCAGUCAGGAGAGAAAGCAGCGCCAGGGUCGUAGAUCGGGGAAACAGUGCAAACUAGCCCUCACGUUUACUCAAAACUGCCCCGCCACUUCAGUGAAUACUCUUGAAUGUCCCGAUACCACUGCCCAAAUUAUAAACAGUAGUCAGAAUAGCAUCAACACAGAUGUUGAACCUAAUUUUAAUCCUAACUGUAACACUAGCCUUAGCCUUGCACCCAGCAUUGACCUGUUCACCGAUUCCAAAACUGAGCCACCCCUGAAGCCUCCUUCCCCACUUCCUCUGGUAGACACAGGCUGUCACACCCAGACAGAACCCCAAGACUUUGCCCUUCUUUGGCGUCUCAAUCAUCAAGACAGCCCCGAUGAAGCAGUUAUCAAUGCAUGCUGCCACCCUAGUGACAUCGCAGUCCUGUCUGGAGACUCCUCUCGCUUUGUGCCGGAGCUGUCCACUGUCGUUUCUGCAGCGGUUGCAGUUCACCCAUCUGGCCACAGAGAGGUACCCUACCGCGUGGUGCAUGAGAAAGGCACACAGGUGGAGGAGAAAGACUUUGGGGCAACUCAAGACCGCCUUAAGAGCUUGCGCAUUCUCAGCUGCCAUUUUAAACUGGUUAGUUUUGAUACAUUAGAAGAUCUGUAUGACAAAUGCCAUCAGGACUUAGAAUGGACCACAAACCUGCUGCUAGACUCUGGAGAGAGGUUCUUCAGAGAUGAGGAUGGUGAGAAAGAAGAGGAGGGUGAAGAAGACCAGGACACAUCCAGUCUGUGUGGAGCUUUAAGCAAAGCUGUAGAAACCAGUUCAGGUCCUAAUGCGUUAGAUGAGCAUCACCCUGAUGAUUGGCCUAGAUUAGAGGAGGUGACUCAACAGUCAACCUUUGGGACCGUUGUUGAGUCAGAUGAGAGCUCCAAUAAUGCCGAUAAGUUUGGAGGUGCAGCUGUUUCAGUUAGAAACAAUCCUGAUACAACCUCACACUUGGAAAAAUCUCUUCAAACAGAACGUAUUCUUCCUCAAGCAGUAAACGAAGGAGAGAGAUGUAGUGACACUGACCACCAAGUGACAUCAGAAGCUGACGUAGAAGGCGGCGCUUGGGGUGGAAGCUUUGAUGACGGAGUAAUAAUUGAAGAGUCAAGAGUUGAGAUAGAGAAGGAGAUUGCGAGCAUGGACGAGGUCCACCGGCUACUGCAGGCUGAGCUAGAUGAGAUGGAGAGAGAGGAAAGACAGAAGGAGGACGAGAGGACUGAAAGGAGGCACAUGGAGGAGAGAAGGAGUCAACACCUGAACAUUCAGAGUGUGGAGCUGAAACUACCCACUGAGGUGGCACUACAGCUCACUGAGCUGUUUGGUCCUGUCGGAGUAGACUCAGGUACAUGCUCCACUGAGGACUAUGCAGUGCAGAUGGACCUGAACUUGGCUAAACUGCUCCACCAGAAGUGGAAGGAAACCAUUCAGGAGAAGCAGAGACAAGCAACUCUUUCCUUUUACUUGCUUCAGGAAAGUUCAGUCCACUGGGGUGAGUCACAGUUGGCCAAACCUGGGUCUCGAGACCGGACACAGCCAGCACCGUUCCUAAUUAGUGCAGAUGGUUACGAGUCACUGGACAGCCAACCAGAGGCCCGUAGUCAGAUGCCAUUCAUGGACCAUUGGAAUGUGUCCCUCCCACAUGUCUCUCUCAGAGACAUUAUAAAAGAGGAGCAGGCUAUGCAGGAGAAUGUGGAAAAGACCAGACAAAGUCGUGCGGACCUCGACCGACGUGACGGAGCUGCCCUGCUGAAAGAGAACCAGCUAUACUCCCUCUUCCCUACCAUUGACAGGCAUUUCCUCCAGGACAUCUUCAGAGACAACAAUUACAGCCUGAGCCAGACAGAGCUGUUCCUUCGCUCUCUACUGGAUGAGGAGCCGGUCAAGACAGUGGUCGCUCCAGAGGCACCUCGGUCCGACCACCACAGAGCAGCCAGCAAAGAGAGGGAAAAGAGGCAGAAUCCCCUGGAGUUGCUUGUACCUGACUAUCAGGAUACGGAGGAUCCAGAGUAUGAGGACUUCAGGGCUGAGGCCAGCCUACAGAGGAGCCGACAGCUCGAGAGUUUCUCCAAGGCUGCUGAGGCCUUCAAGCAAGGACGGAAAGAAGUGGCUUCAUUUUACGCACAGCAG